AUGAGCUCGUCCUCGUCGUCCACCGCCGCAACCUCGCUCAACCCGCCCCCGCAGCCCCUGCGCACGCGGGCCCCCAGCGCCCAAGAGGAGGCGGCCGACUUCAAGGCGGCAUGCGACCAGGUGCAGCAGUGGUUCGACAGCCCGCGCUUCAAGGGCAUCAAGCGCCCCUAUGGCCCAGAGGCCGUCGUCUCCAAGCGUGGCUCCCUCCCCGUCCAGCCCCCGGCCUCGUCCCUCAUGGCCGACAAGCUCUUCGCCACCCUCUCCCACCACGCAGCACAGGGCACCCCCGUGCACACCAUGGGCGCCAUCGACCCCGUCCAGCAGUCGCAGAUGGCCUACAACCAGGAGGUCGUCUACGUCUCGGGCUGGGCCGCCAGCUCCGUCCUCACCACCUGCAACAACGAGGUCGGCCCGGACCUCGCAGACUACCCUUACACCACCGUCCCCAACCAGGUCCAGCGCCUCUUCAAGGCCCAGCAGCACCACGACCGAAAGCACUGGGACGAGCGCUGCCAGCUCACGCCCGAGCAGAAGGCCAACACGCCCUGGGUCGACUACCUCCGCCCCAUUGUCGCCGAUGCCGACACCGGCCACGGCGGCCUGAGCACCGUCUUCAAGCUGGCCAAGCUCUUUGCCGAGCACGGCGCCGCCGCCAUCCACCUCGAGGACCAGCUGCACGGCGGGAAAAAGUGCGGCCACCAGGCCGGCAAGGUCCUCGUCCCCACCUCGGAGCACGUCAACCGCCUCACCUCGACCCGCUUCGCCUGGGACAUCCUGGGCGCCUCGAACCUCGUCAUUGCCCGCACCGACUCCGAGUCGGCCAAGCUCAUCUCGUCGAGCAUCGACGCCCGCGACCACGAGUUCAUCAAGGGCGCCUACAACCUGCCCGCCGGCACAAAGAGCCUCGCAGAGACCCUCGCGCAGAAGGAGGCCGAGGGCGCAAUGGGCCCGCAGGUCGACGCAGCGGAAAAGGAGUGGAUGGACAAGUGCGAGCUGCUGACGUUCAACGAAGCCGUCGAGCGGCACAACGCCUCGAACAAGUCGGGCAUCGAGGAGUACAGGAAGAAGGUGGCCGGCGGCGUGUCGAACUACGAGGCGAGGCACGCUGCCGAGGCCGUCUUUGGCGCCUCGGGCGUGCCGACGUGGUGCUGGGACGCCCCGCGGACAAAGGAGGGCUACUACCACUUCAAGGGCGGCAUCGAGGCGGCCGUCAAGCGCGUCAAGGUGUUUGCCCCCUUUGCAGACAUGCUCUGGCUCGAGACCAAGACGCCGGACCUCAAGCAGGCGCAGGGCUUCGCCGGCAGGAUCCACGAAGACUUCCCCGGCAAGUGGCUCGUCUACAACCUCAGCCCCAGCUUCAACUGGAGCGCCCACGGCUUCUCUGACCAGGACCUCAAGAACUUUGUGUGGGACCUGGCCAAGAGCGGGUUCGUCUUCCAGCUCAUCUCGCUGGCGGGCCUGCACUCGACGGGCGCCAUGACGUGGGAGCUGUCGAAGCGCUUCAAGGACGACGGCAUGCUCGCCUACGUCGAGCUCGUGCAGCGCAAGGAGAAGGAGCUCGGCUGCGACGUCCUCACCCACCAAAAGUGGAGCGGCGCCGCCUACGUCGACCGCAUGCUCCAGACGGUCAGCUCCGGCAGCUCCGCCACCCAGGCCAUGGGCGCCGACAGCACCGAGAGGUCCUUCUGA